AUGAAAUAUCUGGGCAUCAGCAAAUACCUUAUACUUCUUUCGUUUUCGGAUUUUGUCAUCUGCGCUAGCGGGACGACGAUAAUGUGGACUGAUGUUGUUUUCGGUAUCAACGUACGGUCUUUCGACAAGUACUUCUGCAAAAUUUCUGUUUAUGUGAAUCGCAUAUUCAUGGUGUAUUCUUCGUGGAUUCUGUUGGUGAUAUCAGUCGACAGGCUCGACCACGUUUUCUUCCCGCUAAAAAUCACGCGGUCGAAGCGACUUAGUCUCAAACUCGGAAUUCCUUUCUUUGUCAUCGCUAUUUGGCAGUCGUACACCUUAUACUUUUACGAGUUAAAUAUAAACUCUUCUAUCUAUCUAUCUAUCUAUCUAUCUAUCUAUCUAUCUAUCUUAUUAAAUUAUUCUAUCUAUCUAUCUAUCUAUCUAUCUAUCUAUCUAUCUAUGAACCUUUCAAAUCUAUCUAUCUAUGAACCUUUCAAAUCUAUCUAUCUAUCUAUCUAUCUAUCUAUCUAUCUAUCUAUCUAUCUAUCUUGUUAA